AUGGACAACAUGACACCUGGAAACCCUCCAGGUGGAGCAGACCUGAAGGACUACAACUAUCUGGCCCUGGUCCUCGGUGUCCCCCUAAUCCUGGUCAUCAUCCUGGGGAACGUCCUGGUGUGUCUGAGCGUGCUCACUGAGCGCUCCCUAAAAACAGCCACCAACUACUUCAUCAUCAGCCUGGCGGUGGCAGACCUGCUGCUGGCUGUGCUGGUGCUGCCCCUCUACGUCUACUCCGAGUUUCUAGGAGGCGUCUGGACGUUGAGCGUCUCCAUAUGCGAUGCACUGAUGACCAUGGACGUGAUGCUGUGCACUGCCUCCAUCCUCAACCUGUGUGCCAUCAGUGUGGACAGGUACAUUGCUGUUGUCGUCCCUCUGAAGUACAACAGGAACCAGUUCAGUGUCCGGCAGCUCGCCCUCAUUGCUGCCACCUGGGUCCUGUCUCUGGGCGUGGCCAGUCCUGUGAUCUUCGGCCUGAACCGGGUGCCGGGUCGUGACCCGAGUGUUUGCAAACUGGAGGACGACCGUUUCGUGGUGUAGUCCGUCUGCUCUUUCUUCGUGCCGUGUCCCAUCAUGCUCUUCUUGUAUUACUGGAUGUUUCGGGGCCUGAGGCGGUGGAGCAGUCGCUCUCAGGCGGCACACGGCAGCCGGCGGACUCUUUCUUUACGGCUCGGUUCGAAGGCCGCCGCGACGUGUCGAGAGAAAGUCGCCUACGCUGCGCCGGCCAGCUUGAGCCCCACCUCUCCAUCCGCUGUCUCCAUGACAACACAGAGUGCCCACGCCCUAAAUGAGCGGCAGCAGGACGGGACGGGGGCGGAAAGCGACCCGAUGACCACACAGAUGGACAGCAUGUCAGACGCCGACGCACAGAGCGGAGGGAGGAAGGAGAGCGGACGAGAGAACGGCCUGAAGACCACGAGGAGAGGAAGAAGGAACAGCAAGAGCAGCAGAGUCAGCGGGAGGGAGCGCAAAGCCAUGAAGGUGCUGCCGGUCGUCGUGG